AUGACUAUCGAUGCACGGAAAGAUCCAAAAGGGUACGGACAAGAGGUUGUGAAAGAUCAGCCCAUGCCGAAGGCAAUUCAAGGUCUUCUCGAUACAAGUUCUAUUGAAUAUGGGAGAGAUUGUCUCACCUCCAUGGAGAAAGGUGAACGAGACGAUCCCUCUAUUCAAGACUUUGAACCUAGACCUAGUGUCACAACCUAUCGUGAUGAUAAACUCAAAAGCAAGAGAUCUCUUGCCGAAAACUUUGAACCAAGACCUAGUGCCAUAACCUAUCGUAAUAAUGAACUAAAAAGCGAGAAAUCUUUUGUGACAAAUUUUGAACCAAGACAUAGUAUCGAUGAUAAACUAAAAAGAGAGAGAUCUUUUGCAACCAAUUUUCAACCAAGACCUAGUGUCACAUCAUAUCGUGAAGAUAAACUAAGUAGUGAGAGAUCUUUUGCAACAGAUUUUAAACCAAGACCUAGUAUCACAGCUCAUUAUGAUGAGCAACUAAAAAUCAAAAGACCUUUUGCGAUAAACUUUGAGCCAAUACCAAGUGUCAUUGCCUAUCUUGAUCAUAAACUAAGAAAGGAAAAAUCUAUCACACAAGACUUUGAACCAAGGCCUAAUAUCUCUUUUUACAAUGAUGAUGCUAAACCAAAUGGCGAGAACUCUUUCAUGAAAGACUUUGAGCCAAUGCCUAAUAUAUCAGCUUAUAAAGAAUAA